CUGCGCACAUUCAUCCAUGCGCCGGACUCGAAAUGCCCGCUGCAACUUCUGACACCAGCAGAAUCACUGACUAUGAGGCGGCGACAUCUUUCCUCGGAGAAUGGGGACGGUUCCAGCAGCGGACGUUUUUCCUCCUCUGCCUGAGCUUCAUCCCUAAUGGACUCACUGCGCUGUCUGUGGUGUUUCUGGCCGACACGCCGGAUCACUGCUGCGCGCUGCCCGCGCACCUGAACCUCAGCGCGGCGUGGAGGAACAGCAGCAUUCCGCUGGAGCAGGAUGCGAGCCGCGACGGCGCUUUGGUGCCCAGCAAGUGCUCUAGAUACAAAGUGGAAUAUUUAUUAAAUUACUCGGAGAGAGGCUUUCUGCCUGGAUCGGACGUUAAUCUGUCCAAUGUGCCCAGAGAAAGCUGCCUGGACGGCUGGGAGUUUGACCACAGCGUGUAUACAUCUACCAUUGUCUCUGAGUGGAACCUGGUGUGUGACCAAAGCUGGAAGAAGCCUCUCACUACUUCUUUGUUUUUUUUUGGCAUUCUUUCUGGCUCCUUCGUCUCAGGACAGCUCUCCGACAGAUUCGGGAGGAAAAUUGUGAUGUUUGGUACCAUUGGACUACAAGUAGUCACAACACUGAUUCUGAUUUUUUCUUCAAGCUGGAUCAUGUUUGUCGUCUUGUAUUUUCUUCUUGGAGUGGAACAAAUUUCCAAUUACUUGGUCACAUUUGUUCUAGGAGCAGAAAUCUUAGGUCCACAGGCCCGAACAUUUUUCUCCACUGCUGGAGUGUGUCUUUUCUUCGCGGUGGGCUACACACUCCUACCGUUGUUUGCAUUCUUUGUGAGAGACUGGAGGAUGCUCCAGGUGGGCUUCAUGUUGGCAGGCUGCGUUUGUUUGCCCCUCUUCUGGUUCAUCCCAGAGUCUCCUCGCUGGUUGCUUUCCCAGGGUAGAGUGGAGGAAGCCGAGGUCAUCAUCCGGAACGCUGCCAAGAUGAACAGGAUUGAAUCUCCACCCGUCAUCUUUACACCUCUAAAGAAUGAAGGCAGGACUGAAAAGACCAGGGCGCACAACAUCUGUGACCUUCUUCGCACUCCAAACAUCCGAUGGCUCUCCGUCACGCUGUGGCUGGUCUGGAACACCCUCACCAUCGCCUACUACGCUCUUUCCCUGAACACGGCGAACCUCCAUGGAAAUCCGUUCCUCAACUGUUUCCUGUCUGCUGUGAUGGAGAUCCCAGCCUAUGCUUUGUCGUGGAUUAUGUUCCGCUGGUUUUCCAGACGACUCAGCCAUUUCUCAGCACUUUUUGCAGGAGGAUUCUUCAUAUUCAUCAUACAGUUCAUACCAGAACACCUGGUUGCUCUGUCCAUAACAUUUGAGAUGCUGGGGAAGUUUGCGGUGUCCACUGCCUUCGCCGUUGUGUACGCCUACACAGCAGAGCUGUACCCCACUGUGCUGAGGAACACGGCUGUCGGCGCCUGCUCCACGGCCUCCAGGAUAGGCAGCAUUGUUGCUCCAUACUUCAUUUACUUACGAACCUACUCUGUGUCCCUGCCGUACAUCAUAGUGGGAAGCCUCACAGCUUUGACUGCACUGCUGAGUCUGCUUCUCCCUGAGACCUUUGGGAUGCCCCUGCCCGACACCAUCAGCCAAAUGCAAAGCUUUCCUGGAUGUUGCCAGAAAAGACCUUACGUCCUCGCCAGAACUAAAGAAGAGGAAAACGCUGCUGAAGAAAAGUCUCUGGCCAGACAGCUGUAAAUUCUGUGGAGUAAAAACUGCACAGAAAAUAUGGAAAAGAACACAGAUUCAGGAUAUGGAAAUCCUGAAUCUUUAUUCAUAAACAAUGGGUUUACUUAAAGAGUCUCUAAGUCUGAUGGUGCUUUAGACAUUUUUCUUAAAAAAGACAAAAGAACAGUUCUUUCUAAGUCCUUUUUCCUCUCUUUCAUUAUAUAUAUAUAUAUA